AUGGCUGAUAAACAAAAAAUUGAAGCUUUGAAUUAUAUUACAAGUGAUCCAGCUAUCUCAAUCAGUUUCCGAACUUGGGAGCUGUACGAGUAUCCACUAUUACCUAAUACUUCGAAGCACAUUUGGGCAGUUAAAACAUUUACACAGCUCGAGAAACCACGUUUUGUAAUCCUUGGAUUUCAAACAGCAAGAAAAAAUGAUGCAACUAAAAAUGCCAGCGUAUUUGAUCACUGCAACAUUAGAGAUAUAAAAUUAUUUUUAAACUCUCAGAGUUAUCCUUAUGGGAAUUUAAACCUCAACAUUGGAAACAAUCAAUAUGUUCUGUUGUAUGAUAUGUAUAUAAAUUUCCAAAUUUCAUACUACAACAAAGAACCUGAGCCACUGUUGACGAAGAAGAAAUUUUUGGAACAAGCACCACUGUAUGUUAUCGAUUGCUCGAAACAAAACGAAUCAAUAAAAUCUGGACCAGUGGACAUUCGUUUGGAAUUUGAAUCAACAACUCAAUUUCCUGCGCAGACAUCAGCUUAUUGUCUCAUUAUACAUGAUCGCAUAGUCGAGUAUAAUCCUAUAAGUAGCAUCGCGGGAACAAGCAGCAAGAGAACGAGAACGAUUUAA